AUGGGUCAGAUCGACAAUAAUAUGGGUCAGAUCGACAAUAAUAUGGGUCAGACCAACAAUAAUAUGGGUCAGACCAACAAUAAUAUGGGUCAGACCAACAAUAAUAUGGGUCAGAUCGACAAUAAUAUGGGUCAGAUCGACAAUAAUAUGGGUCAGAUUGACAAUAAUAUGGGUCAGAUCGACAAUAAUAUGGGUCAGAUCGACAAUAAUAUGGGUCAGACCAACAGUAAUAUGGGUCAGACCAACAGUAAUAUUGGUCAGACCAACAGUAAUAUGGGUCAGACCAACAGUAAUAUGGGUCAGACCAACAAUAAUAUGGGUCAGACCAACAAUAAUAUGGGUCAGACCAACAGUAAUAUGGGUCAGACCAACAAUAAUAUGGGUCAGACCAACAGUAAUAUGGGUCAGACCAACAGUAAUAUGGGUCAGACCAACAAUAAUAUGGGUCAGACCAACAGUAAUAUGGGUCAGGUGAGGGCCAUCUUCGCUCGCCCAGGUGCCCUUGGAGGUGGACAGAGAAGGCAGAACGUCAACAAACCCGGACACUUCAGAAACAGAUGCAUCCUGCAGUACGAUUGUCGAGUCUUGUGUUUACCCAAUGAUCUGGUCUUUUGGAAGGCGCUCAGUCAAAAGGAGAAGACCCUAGACGAGAGACUGGUAGAUAUUGAGGUAACAGAGGAAGUAACUACCAUCACUGGACGAGACUACAGCUCUUGGACCCCACGUCGUAUCCCCGUGGAUGCUAAAAGAUGCAGCACAGGCCCUCAGCGUACCUCUAGCUUUAACGAGUUACCUCUAGAUGAUCUUUAA